AUGGCACCCUCUCUCGAAGCUCCCGAUAAUGUCGAAGACGUCCUCGAUAACCCACUGAAAACCUCUCCAAACCUCGUCGCUCCCGAACCAGAACACUGCCCUGGUCCCGAAUCAGAAGCGGCUGGAAAAGCAGAUUCUUGCGCAGGAUGUCCAAACCAAGCGAUAUGCGCCUCGGCCCCAAAAGGGCCAGAUCCCGAUAUACCCCUAAUAACUGAGCGAUUGUCUGGCAUCAAACACAAGGUUCUGAUUUUGUCUGGAAAGGGUGGUGUGGGGAAGAGUACAUUUACAACACUAUUAGCACACGCGUUUGCCACAAACGAGGACAACACGGUUGGAGUCAUGGAUACAGAUAUUUGCGGGCCGAGUAUACCAAAGAUGAUGGGUGUUGAGACGGAAACGAUACAUGUCAGUGGUGCCGGAUGGAGUCCGGUUUGGGUGUUGGAUAACCUAGGAGUCAUGAGCAUUCAGUUUAUGCUUCCAAACAAGGAUGACGCUAUCAUAUGGAGAGGACCGAAAAAGAACGGUCUUAUCAAACAAUUUCUUAAGGACGUCGAGUGGGGCGAAAUGGAUUAUCUUCUCGUCGAUACGCCACCAGGAACCAGUGAUGAACAUUUGAGUGUCAACUCUUUCUUGAAAGAAAGUGGAGUUGAUGGCGCAGUAGUGGUGACCACACCUCAAGAGGUCGCUCUCCUUGAUGUUCGAAAAGAAAUUGAUUUCUGCCGGAAAGCUGGAAUUAAAGUUCUAGGUAUCGUGGAAAAUAUGUCAGGAUUUGUGUGCCCCAAAUGCACUCACGAGAGUCAGAUCUUUAAAGCAACGACUGGUGGGGCGAGAGGUCUGGCGAAAGAGAUGAACAUUCCGUUCUUAGGCGCGGUCCCUCUAGAUCCACGCAUCGGAUUGGCAGCAGAUUAUGGAGAGAGUUUCUUUGAUGCCUACCCAGAUAGUCCAGCAUGCACGGCUCUAAAAGGCGUUGUUCGAAGAGUUGGAGAGGAAAUGGGGAUCAAGGCAGAAGUUAUUUUGCCUGAAGAUUGA